AUGUACGCUCAAAUCUUCGCCGCCGCUGCCUUGGUCUCUGCCGCCUCUGCUUCUUACGCUAACAGCACCUCUACCGCUGUUGUCACCGAUGAAGUUGCCACCACCGUUGUCACCAUCACCUCUUGUAAGCAUGAUGCUUGUUCCACCACCGCUGUCACCACCGGUGUCACCGUUGUUACUUCUACUGUUGAAGGUACCGUCACUGAAUUCACCACCUACUGUCCAUUGACCGCCACCUCUGCUUCUGCUAACACUUCCGUCGCCACUGUCGAAACUGGUGCCGGUAACAAGUUGGCUGCUGGUGCCGCUGCCCUUGCUGGUGUUGCUGGUGUCUUCUUGUUGUAA